AAACCCGUCCCAGUUAUAUUACUCAUCAAAAAUCCAUAGAGAAUAUUAUCUACUACCCCUCUCCAUUGAAGCGCGUGAAAUACAAUAUAGUUUAAGAAGGCAGAGAUUGUCCGAGAUUGUCAUCCACCCUUAUAGAAAAGCGCGUAACCUAGUGAUUCUCCUGUAAUUUCCCGUAUCCAUCGAACUCCCAACACUUCCCACACCCAAACAAGAACACGCACAGUGCGAUCUUGGGAGAGAUGAGAGGCAUGGCAGCAUUCUCACCAUCAAAACACUGGCAACCCACAACCCCAAUCAACCCAACAAAUCAAUCUACCAGAAACCUCAACACCAACCUAAUUCAAUUCAACAAGAACAACCACCCAUCACCCAAAAGAACAACACCACUUCCCUCUUUUUCCAUAAAACCCUCCAAAACCCCAAUUCAACCGAUACAAAGCACCAUCCCACCAUUGGUGGUUGUUGGAUCAGCCAAUGCAGACAUAUAUGUGGAGAUUGACAGACUCCCCAAGGAGGGUGAGACCAUCUCAGCCAAGACUGGCCAAACCCUAGCUGGUGGCAAAGGGGCCAACCAGGCUGUGUGCGGUGGGAAGCUGUCAUACCCAACUUAUUUUGUGGGACAGGUUGGCGAGGAUGCUCAUGGGAGGUUGAUUGCUGAGGCACUUGAGGGUGGUGGGGUCCACCUUGAUCACCUCAACAUUGUGUCUGCUGCACCUACUGGCCAUGCUGUGGUGAUGCUCCAAUCUGAUGGCCAAAACUCCAUCAUCAUUGUUGGGGGUGCCAACAUGAGUUGUUGGCCCCAAACUCUCUCUGAGGAGGACCUGGAGACUGUGAGGAGUGCUGGGAUUGUUUUGCUUCAGAGGGAAAUCCCAGAUUAUGUCAACAUUCAAGUUGCAAAGGCUGCAAGAAGUGCUGGUGUCCCAGUCAUCCUGGAUGCUGGAGGAGUAGAUGCACCCAUCCCACCAGAACUACUGAGUUUUGUUGAUAUUCUGAGCCCAAAUGAAUCUGAACUUGAUCGUUUAACGGGAAUGCAGACUGAAAGUUUUGAUCAGAUUAGUCAAGCUGUGCUAAAAUGCCAUAAAAUGGGUGUCAAACAAAUCCUCGUAAAACUUGGGUCCAAAGGUUCUGCUCUAUUUGUGGAAGGAGAAGAACCCAUUAAGCAACCCAUCAUAUCAGCUGCUAGAGUCCUCGACACAACUGGAGCUGGUGAUACUUUUACCGCUGCUUUCGCUGUGGCACUUGUGGAGGGGAAGUCCAAAACGGAAUGCUUGAGAUUUGCCGCUGCUGCAGCCUCUCUCUGUGUACAAGUGAAAGGAGCAAUUCCAAGCAUGCCUGACAGGAAAUCAGUUUUGGAUCUUCUUCAGUCACUUUGAAGAUUCUGUUUCUAGGUCGGCUCAACAUGCACAUAAGUAGAAGAUAAGAGCUGACAUUUUCUUUUUCAAUUCUUAGGUACCAUUGAAUAAAUGAUUAUUUAACUUGUAGGAAAAUUUAAACUCAGAUUCCUUGUACCAAUAAUUUUUUGGGUAAA